GAAAUGCAGUACUCGGUGCUGCUGGAUAGCAAAGCCAGUGAGACUGUAAGAGAAGUGAGCUACAGCUGUAUGACAGAGCUUGUUUUUCCCUGAGCAUUUCAGAGAGCAACUGGUAACAUGGAUUGCACCUCGGAAGGGGACAGCUGAACUCUCCCUCUGGCUUUAGUAAGGAAAAAGCAGCGAUGAAAUCCGUGGACUAUGUGCACGUCAUCCAACAGAAGGAUACCGCCUCCUCUCCUUCUGCCCCCCCUGGUGCUGUUUCAGGCACCACAGGACUUUUUUCUGUCACAUUCCUGUGGCUCGCAAUGCUCCUGUCCUCUUGUCUUGCAGUAGUGUCUCUUUACCAUGUUAUCACCCUGAAAACAGAACUAGAAGCUCUGCGCAGUGAGUUGAUCUACAGGCUCCAGGCAAGGUCUCCGCUAGACCAGCCACCCGUGUCCCCUGAGGAAAAUAAAGCAGGUACCCCUGUUUCUUCCUUCCUGCAAGUGUCUGCAGCUGGCACCAGGCAGGAUAACAGGCUUCCUGAUAGCUUGCAAAAGGAAAUCUGGAAUGGAAGUAGAAACAGGGGCAGACGGUCUGUUGUCCACACAGAAGAAAAAGUGCUGCAGGCCUGCUUGCAACUGAUCGCUGACAGCAAAAGUGAUAUCCAACAGAAAGAUGAUUCAAGCAUUGUCCCUUGGCUUCUGAGCUUUAAACGGGGAACAGCUCUGGAAGAACAAGGAAAUAAAAUAGUGAUCAAGGAAACAGGUUAUUUUUUCAUAUAUGGCCAGGUUUUAUAUACAGAUACAACAUUUGCUAUGGGACACCUAAUACAGAGGAAGAAGGCUCACGUGUUUGGUGAUGAUCUCAGCUUGGUCACAUUGUUUCGUUGCAUCCAAAAUAUGCCACAGUCUUAUCCAAAUAAUUCUUGCUAUACUGCUGGCAUUGCAAAAUUAGAAGAAGGAGAUGAACUUCAACUUACAAUACCACGGAGAAGGGCCAAAAUAUCCUUGGAUGGAGAUGGUACUUUUUUUGGUGCAGUAAGACUCCUCUGAAGCCCUUAAUUUCUGUUAUUAUACUUAAUGGAAAUUUAUUCUUUUCCUAUGCCUUUGUCAUAAAAAUACUGAGUUGUAAUAAAGCUGCCAAUUCAGUCUCUCCCCAGCCAGCACCAACUUCUGAGAACUUUUCUUCACUUUUAUAAGCAAACCCAGAACAGGAAACAAACCAGACAAACUUGUGAUAUAACCACCAUGUGAUUACCAGAAAGCCAAUUUAUUUCAGACAAUGGGCAACUCUAGAUAACAACUGUAAAGCAGUGAGUUUUUGGCUUUGAAACAAUGUAUUGUCCAUAAGAAAAAAAAAAGGAUGGAGUUGAUAUAAAUAACAGCAUGACCAGGACCAUAGACUAUCAAAUUAUUAUCCAUAAUUGAAAAGGAAAACUAAAAUACAUGUUAGAUUUUCAUUAUUUCAUCAAUAAAAUAUUUGAAGUAUGAAGGAUGGGAAAGAAACAUCAUACAGUAGAUUCCUUAUCACAAAAUGGAGAUGUUAGGUGGGUUCUGAGUUUUGUUUUUCUUUUUUUCUUUGACACAAAGAUUUUGGGGAAAGAAAAAAUCUAAAUGUAUGGAAUAAUGUAAACAAAUAUACAGAAUAGUAGCCACUGUCUUGCUUCUUCCCUGUGAACAAGAGAUUUACUAAAAUCUAUUAGUAUUUACUAAUUAGAAUUAAUUUUAGUGGAAAAAGGACAUGUAAGAUGCUUCAACAGCUCAAUCUUCAAAGCAUUGCUACUCAUCAAGGAAUAUGUGUACAAUUCUAUGUAAACAAGGCAGGAACAGAAAGAAAUGCAGUGAAAUUAGACACAUUACAGUAGGUGGAAUUGGAUUUCUGGCUUCAUCAUUUCUGCAGUCAUAUACAGAUGUGUAUAUAUACAUUAUAUAGAUGUAUUUGUAUAUAUAUGAAUGUAUGUACACACGCAUAUGUCUUGGACAUUUGAACACAGAUAAAAGAUAAAAUUUAAAUAGAUAAAAGAUAAAAUUUUAUCUUCUUUUGAAUAGUUUAUCCAAUGGAAAUAUUACUUCAUACAUAUUUCUUGUAUUUCUCUCGCGCCUUGCUAUGAUCCCUUCUAUGCAACUUCGUAAAAAAUAAAGUCCAAUAGACCUGGAACCAGCCAUGCAGUUAAGAAAACACAUUUGUAUCCGAGAAAUCUGGGCUCAAUCCUAGGUUAACUAUAGGCUUUUUCUGCAGUUUUGAAUAUAUUGCUCAAUGCUGUUUCACCAAAAUAAUCAGACCUGUAGAAAAACUGAACAAGACAUCCCUUUUCCUUUUCUUUUGUCUCCUUUGUUCAAUAGAUAGGAUUUAUGUCUUUUUUUACCCCAAAUAUUGCAUGAUCAAGAUAAUAGAGUGGUAAUAGUGUGGGCAAGACUUCUAGUAGCUAUUGUAAUACAAACAUUGAGUACUUGUUCCACUGAUAUUUAAAGAAUAUUAAAGUGCUGUUGGAAUAGAUAAAAUAAUAACACCUCCCCUGUACUGUACUUCACUUGAAAUUUUUUUUAGGAUUUGAGAAUUGUGUUAUGUAAGUUUAUUUAGUAAAGAAAAGAUGCUUUGUAUAUUGCAGUCUCUUUGUCUGUUUUUAUAAACCGUGAUUUGAUUGAGUUCUCAGGGUGAUAGACAAUUAAUAAAAGAGUUUUGGAGCUAAGAAUUAUAGAGCAUGGUAAACUAAUGCAACAAUUAAUUCAACUUCUCUGGGCUUCAGGAAGACAUUUGUGUAUUGCAUAUGUGUACUGGAUUACUACACUGGGAUUUUUAUGAGGCUUAACUACAGUCUCAAAAUGUCUGAACUCCUCCCUUUUCAAAUUUAUUUAUUUAUGUGUU